AUGGGCAUUGAAUUCUCGACCAAUCCCUUCGGAAUUCCGUCAGAUUACAAGACUAAAUCGGCGUACAGUACGCCAGUGACUACGAUUUCGUCUGUUUUGGCUCAAAACCUGGACCGAAUUUUCAGCUACAAAUGCUUCUCAGAGCCGGAUUUGCUGGACGAAGCAUUGAAAAAAUGGAGCCAGAAGACUUCUGGGGCCAAAUGGCAGCUGGAUGAAUUGCAACUGAGAUCUGGAGCAGGCCUGGCACCGCUUGGUUUCGCCAGGAGCGAAAGUGCACUUUUUGGCAUAAUCACACCGGGCUACGGACUGGCUUACUUUGCCAAUAGCUUCCAGCGUGAAAAGGUCUCUGGAAGUCGUUUUCUACUAAACGUGGGGGCUCUCGAGUACAACGAAAGUGCGGGCCAGGUAGUAAGCGACUUUGUCACGCCGCUAAAAGCUGCAGCCGGUCUGGGAUUCCCCGUAGUGUCCGCCGUCGCUGUCGACGAGGUCAAACAGACCGCCCUCCUGGCGCUAGCACUAGCCAAAUUCGGUGCCCCGCUCGGGGCCGUCAACUUGUUUGACGGGCCAAACUACGCCAAAUCCGUUUUGUACAUUGACGAGCAGCAAGAUGAGGACAUCAUCGCGCAAAUGGCCAAGUCUCUUCCUGUGGGCUCCUCUUUCGACCAGAUUCUAGAUAAGUUCAAUGAUCUCGCGACCCGCAAGCUUCACAACUUUCAAUACUACGGUGAUGAAGCUGCAGAAACCGUUUUCGUUUCUUUCGGCAGCGUCGAGUCCGAGCUCUUCAGGGCGUGUUUGUCCGAAACUGGCAGCAAGGUCGGUCUUAUCGCGAUCAGAAUCCCCUUGCCAUUUGACACUGAUAAAUUCGCGGCUAUGAUCCCUAAGUCCGCUAAGAACAUCGUAGUUGUGGGUCAAUCUGUGGACGGGAAAUCCCCAACUUACUUGAAAUCCCAAGUUUCUGCUGCCCUUUUCUUUCACCAGUUGAGAUCGGUUACAGUAUCGGAGUAUCUGUACCUGCCAACGUUUGUCUGGUCUCCGGAAGCGACAAGACAGGUCGUUUCCUCCUUUGUCCCAGAUUUUGCUAUUUCUGAGGUUCAAACCGGCGAAAAAGAGUUUGUUUAUUGGGCUUCUGACUCUAGCGUCAACUUGGAUGUGGCUGCAAGGAUUGUCCAUGCGCUUUCCAUGGUUGACAAUCAUCAAGUCUCCUUGAGAACAAAGUUUGACAACAAUGCAAACGGCGGCAUUUUCCAGGCUCAAAUCGUCUCCACCAGCCAAGCAAAAUCUUUGACUGUGUCAAAUGUUGACCACGCAACUGUUAGUGUGGUAGAAAACUUGUCGGUGCUGAACGCAUUUGAUGUCACCUGUACCUGUAAAGAAAAUGGUACGAUUCUAGUGCUUUGCGAGAAGAGCUUGAAAGAUAAAGACAUUUCCGACGCAAAGUUACUUGUCGAUGAGCUCAAGAUACCGGCUGCAUUUUUGAAAAGCGUUGUGAGCAAAGGAAUCCAGCUUGUGUUUAUGGAUCUCGAAAGUAUUGGCGACAAGGAGGAAACCAAGGGAAGAACCGCUUCUUUUGUGACACAAGCUGCCUUCUGGAAAUACGCCUACGGUCUACCAAUUGCUGAAAGCGUGCGUCGCAUUUGGAGCUCUGCUGGCCCGGACAUCGAGCUCUUGGCUGCCGUCUUAUCAGAAACUAUCACUACAGCAUUUGAUGUUGGACUACGUGAAGUUUCAUUCAAAGAACUGGAGAAAUCUGCAAAUGCUUUGACCAUUGAAGAUUCCGAGGAAGAUGAGCACUUGUCUUCGCUAGUUGCGGAGACCUGUUUCAAGCCUAACCCAAGAAAGGAGAAUGAUGCACCUCAACCUUGUACUACUAGUGUAGCUGAUUUUUCCAAGCACUUGAGCUUCAAAGAAGCUUUUGCUACGCAGUCGUCUUUGAGACCUGACCUUCCUUUGAAAAAUUAUGUUGUUAAAGUCAAAGAAAACAGACGCGUUACACCUGCCGAUUACGACAGAUACAUUUUCCACAUCGAGUUUGACAUCACCGGUACCGGCUUGACGUAUGGCAUUGGUGAGGCCUUGGGAAUCCACGCCAGAAACAAUCCUGAUCUUGUUCGCAAGUUCUUGACCAGCUACGGCUUGAAUGAGCAGGACGUCAUACAAGUCCCAAACAAGGAUGAUGCUCAAGUUUUGGAGAGUAGAACCGUGUUCCAAGCGUUUACCGAAAACUUGGAUAUUUUCGGGAAGCCGCCAAAAGGAUUCUAUCAAUCUCUCAUCAAUUUUGCCUCGAACGAUGACGAAAAGAAGAAACUGGAAAACUUGGUUUCGCCCUCUGGUGCCGUUGACUUGAAAAGGUAUCAGGAUGUUGAAUACUAUACUUACGCUGACAUCUUCGAAUUGUUUCCAUCUGCGAGACCUUCUCUAGAAGAAUUGGUGCAAAUCAUUGCUCCUUUGAAAAGAAGAGAGUACUCUAUUGCUUCAUCUCAGAGAGUGCACCCUAACGAGGUCCACCUACUGAUUGUAGUUGUUGACUGGGUUGAUAACAAAGGCCGCAAGCGUUUUGGACAAGCUUCCAAAUACAUCUCGGAGCUUUCUGUUGGCACCGAGCUUGUGGUCAGUGUCAAGCCAUCAGUAAUGAAAUUGCCACCUGCUCCAGAGCAGCCGGUAAUUAUGAGUGGUCUGGGUACUGGUCUUGCUCCCUUCAAAGCCAUCGUUGAAGAAAAGUUCUGGCAACAGCAGCAAGGUCACAAAAUCGGCAAAGUGUUCCUCUUUUUGGGCUCGAGGCAUAAAAGAGAAGAAUAUCUCUAUGGUGAGUUAUGGGAGGCUUACAAAGACGCUGGCAUUAUCACUCACAUAGGUGCAGCCUUUUCAAGAGAUCAGCCCCACAAAAUAUACAUCCAAGAUAGGAUCCGCGAAAGCUUGGCCGAGUUGAAGGUUGCCAUGACUGCCGAGAAGGGCUCCUUCUAUUUGUGUGGCCCCACAUGGCCGGUUCCUGACAUUACACAGGCUCUGCAGGACAUUAUCAAAGCCGAUGCUGAAGAAAGAGGUGAACAGGUUAAUUUGGACGAAGUCAUUGAGGAAUUGAAAGAAACCUCUCGUUAUAUCUUGGAGGUUUACUGA